CGACGGCGAUCGAAACCACAUCCAUCACCGCCAGCAAGUAAAAAGAGACCGCGAGCCGAGGGAGGACUGCUGCCUGCCCCCACCACGUGGCAUCCCGUGAUUGGUGCCGCACCUAGCGAAGUGCCGGGUCGCCCUCUCACGCCCAGCGUCUCUCUCUCUCUCUCUCUCAUCCCUAUACACCCUUUUCCAUAGCGAGAGAGGGCAAAAGAUGCUAUUCCUUGUCCUUCUCCGCCUCAAGACCCGCUUGCGAUUAGGGACGGGGGAGAAGAGAUCUCGCCGCCGCGAUUGAAUCGCUUCCCAUCUCCGGCCUUGACGGUCUCCUCGCUUCAGUGAUGCAUACAGCACGGACAUGUCUAACAUGAAGGAAGGAAAUUCAUUAGAUGAUAAGAUGAUGGAUAGCAAUUGGGCACCAAAGCGCAAGAAGAAACGAAAAAUAUCUGGAUUGGAUGAAAGCACUAAGAAAGAAGAAAUACUUGCAAAGCCUGAAAAGAACAGCUCUUCUUUUAGGAAAAAAAUGAAGGAAAGCCAUGAUGCUUCCCUGAAAUUGAAAGGGCAUGAUGGACAUUAUUUUGAGUGUGAAGAGUGCAAAGUUGGUGGAAAUUUGCUAUGUUGUGAUAGUUGUUCCCUUUCCUACCAUCUCGAUUGCCUUAGCCCACCACUUAAGCAUGCUCCGGCAGGGAAGUGGCAAUGCUCAAAAUGUUGUUCUCAAACAGAGGAUUCAAAAUCGAUUGCCCUACAAACCGUUACAAGACGGGUAAGAAGUAGAAACACGCUUCAGAAAGCAAAAGAUAUGCUUAGUAGCUCUAGUCACGACAAGGUAUCACAUUCCAAAAAGGGUUCUCUAGGAAUGAAUAAAUCAAGUAGCCAAGGGGAUGAUACUUUCUUAAAUGGAAGUACAGCAUUUACGAAGAAAGCUAGUUCAUGCCGUUCUAAGUCAUCUAGCAUGAAAUCAAAGCCUUCCGGUGACAGUACUUUGACGGCCGGGAUAUCAACAACAGAAGAUAGUGAAACAAAGAAAAAAGCUGUCUCACUUCCACGGAAGAAUAUAAAUGAACACAAGACAAUUAGUUCUCUUGUAAAAUCGUUAAAAUUCAGUGUCAGUGACAAGUUAUCCAAAGAGAGAUCAGAUGAAUACAUAAAUGAAAAUCAAGACAAUAAGCUUGAUCUUUCAGUGGCUCUAUCUUCUUGCAUAUCAAAGAAAAGUAGGAAAAUGAAUUACAGGGCUGACAAGAAUAAGAGAACUAAAUCUAACAAUGUAAAACGUGCUGGAUAUAAUUCCAAUGACCAAUAUGGGGAUGGUUCUCCUUGUCCUGAAUCUAAUGAAUCCAAUGAGGCAAAGCAGGAAACAAGAUUGCUGAGCUCUCCGAGGAAAGAACAAUUGGAGACCUCUCACGUAAAAUCAUCUUUAUCACUUGACGUUGGAACUGGAGAAUAUGUUGAGAAGAAACUGAAUAGUAAGGAGAAUUCUUCUAGUGAAGUUCAACAGGUUGACCGCAUUUUAGGGUGUCGUGUUCAAAGUUGUUCUUCACAAGUUGAUCGGACAAAUGCAAUUACCACUUCUCAAACAGAAAAACAAGAAGAAUGUGAAACAGAAAUGCUGAAAAGCGAACUACCAUUUUCUAAUUUAUCUAGCCAAGGAAAUCAAGACCAAUUUGAUGAUUGUUGUGAGGAUAGUAGAGCCAAGUACAUCAAGGAUUCGGAAUCUGCUCUGGAUAAGAAUCAUCAAGGCGUUGCAAAUCCAUAUGCUCGAAAAAUUUUUGGGGAUAGCUCCAAUGAGUUGGAUGCAAAUGUUAAGGGAAAAGUAUUUACUACUUGUGAGCACAUUCGUAGCGCCAAAAUCAUUGUUUCACAGCCUUCCAUGGCUAAUUGUACGACUAGCAAUGUGAUUAACUUUCCUAAGGUCCAUGUUACUGGUGAUGUAAUUGAAGAACGAGCUGCUAAAAAUGGUUCAGAAGGGGGCAUAGUUGUAAAAUAUCUUUCAGAAAAUUGCAUUGAUCAGCAUACUUUAGUCACUGACUUGCCAGUUACUUGUGAGCCACAGGGUAUCCAUUUGAUGGGUGUGGUUUCUAAAUCAGAUCAGAGUGUUGAAAAUGUUAUGCUGAAUCAACCAGUAUCGGACUUGAGGCCUGGCGAAAAUGACGCUGUUAUUUAUGAAUUUUUGGUAAAGUGGGUAGGUAAAUCAAACAUACAUAACUGCUGGGUGUCUGAAAAUCAGUUGAAGCUUUUAGCUAAGAGAAAAUUGGAGAAUUAUAAAGCGAAGUACGGAACUGCUAUCAUAAAUAUAUGUGAAGAUCAAUGGUGUCGGCCACAGCGUAUUAUUUCUUUACGUGAAUCUGCUACUGGCGGAGAAGCUUUAGUUAAAUGGUGUGGCCUCCCUUACGAUGAAUGCACCUGGGAAAAAUUAGAUGACAAUUUAGUUCAAACUUCUUGCCAUCUUAUUUCUCAGUUCAAACAGUUUGAAACUCAGGCUUUAGACAACGAUGUUAGAAAUGAAAUUGUCAAAAGGGAAAUCCAGGAAGUAAUUUCAUUGCCAGAGCAACCAAAAGAGCUAAAAGGAGGAUUAUUAUUUCCGCAUCAGUUAGAGGCUUUAAAUUGGCUUCGUAGAUGUUGGCACAAGUCAAAAAAUGUUAUUCUUGCUGAUGAAAUGGGGCUUGGCAAAACAGUGUCUGCUUGUUCUUUCAUUUCAUCGUUAUUUUUUGAAUUUAAAGUUAAGUCACCUUGCCUUGUCUUAGUUCCUCUCUCCACAAUGCCAAAUUGGCUAGCAGAAUUUUCAUCAUGGGCUCCACAUUUGAAUGUCGUGGAGUAUCAUGGCUGUGCAAAAGCAAGAUCCAUAAUAAGGCUACAUGAGUGGCAUGCUGUUGUUCCAGAUAAGUCUCAUAAGAGGACUAAAUCAUAUAAAUUUAAUGUUUUGCUGACAACUUAUGAGAUGAUUCUUGCCGACUCAUGUCAUCUACGUGGAGUUACAUGGGAGCUUCUUAUUGUUGAUGAGGGCCAUCGGCUGAAAAAUUCUGGAAGUAAACUUUUUGGCCUGCUUAAUUCAUUUUCUUUCCAACACCGUGUCCUAUUGACUGGAACUCCUUUACAGAAUAACAUUGGGGAGAUGUAUAAUUUACUGAACUUUUUACAGCCUGUCUCAUUCCCCUCUCUCUCUGCUUUUGAAGAGAAGUUCAGUGACCUUCCGACAGCUGAAAGAGUUGAAGAGUUGAAAAAGCUCGUUGCGCCUCAUAUGCUCCGGAGACUUAAAAAAGAUGCUAUGUUGAACAUCCCUCCUAAAACUGAGAGGAUGGUUCCUGUUGAGUUGACAUCGAUACAGGCUGAGUACUACCGCGCAAUGCUAACCAAGAAUUAUCAAAUAUUACGUAACAUUGGGAAAGGGGUUGCUCAGCAGUCAAUGCUAAACAUUGUUAUGCAGCUACGCAAGGUUUGCAAUCAUCCAUAUCUCAUUCCUGGAACAGAACCAGACACUGGUUCUGUAGAGUUCCUACAGGAGAUGCGCAUAAAAGCAUCAGGAAAACUUACUUUGUUGCAUUCAAUGCUCAAAAUUCUACAUAAGGAUGGGCAUCGUGUGCUUAUCUUUUCACAGAUGACCAAACUUCUUGAUAUACUUGAAGAUUACCUUACUGUAGAGUUUGGUCAUGGAACAUUUGAACGAGUAGAUGGCUCAGUAUCAGUCACAGAUCGUCAAGCGGCAAUUGCUCGUUUCAACAACAAUAAAACUCGUUUUGUGUUCCUAUUGUCAACUCGUUCUUGUGGACUUGGGAUAAAUUUGGCUACUGCAGACACUGUUAUUAUAUAUGAUUCUGAUUUCAAUCCUCAUGCUGAUAUACAGGCAAUGAAUAGAGCUCAUAGAAUUGGGCAGUCAAAAAGGCUACUUGUUUACAGGCUUGUAGUUCGAGCUAGCGUUGAGGAGAGAAUACUGCAACUUGCUAAGAAGAAAUUGAUGCUUGAUCAACUAUUUGUGAACAAGUCGGGAUCUCAAAAGGAAGUGGAAGACAUUCUUCGCUGGGGAACAGAGGAACUUUUUGGUGAUUUUGAUGGUGUAAAUGGUCAAGAUGCUAACGAUAAUUCUAUUAGCAAAGUCGAUAAUAAUGCAUAUUUAAUGCACAAGCAUAGAAGAAGAAUUGGUGGCUUGGGAGAUGUUUACAAGGACAGGUGCACUGAUGGUGGCAUGAAAAUUUUGUGGGAUGAAAGUGCGAUAUCAAAAUUACUUGAUCGUUCUGACCUUCAAACAAGUGUAUCAGAGAACACUGAUGGUGAUUUUGAUGGCGACUUGCUUGGUUCUGUGAAAUCUUUGGAUUGGAGCGAUGAGCAGCUAAAUGAAGAACCUGGUGGAACUGAGAUGAUAGCUGAUCUUUCUGGUGAUGGCGGUGAGCCAUAUGUGACCCAGGAAGAUGAUACAAACACUGUCUCAGAGGAAAAUAAAUGGGACAGGCUUUUACGUGACAGGUGGGAAAAAUAUCAACUUGAGGAAGAAGAAGCUCUUGGUCGAGGAAAGCGCUUGAGGAAAGCAGUUUCUUACAGGGAAACUGUUACUUCCAUUAUCUGUGAAGCUUUAAGUGAGAAUGUUAAUGAGCAGGAAGCUGAGCGAGAGUACAGCCUUGCUGGCCGAGCACUGAAAGAAAAAUACAUGAAGCUUCGUGCCAGACAGAAGGAGCGAAUUGCAAGAAGGCAUACAGUGGGGGUUCAUUCUUCUGCUGAGGGACUCGAAUCAUUAAAGCAAUCACCUGUUCUUGAUAGCAAAGAAGUGCAAUGUGAUGAUUCCAAUGCAAAUUCAGAAGAUUCAGUUGAAAUAGAUCCUACGCUCACUCCAUAUGACUCCAAAUAUUCUCAAUCUUCCACAUUUUUUCAGGGAAGAAUCUCAAGCCAUGGUAACAAGAGAUAUCGUGGUAGUCAUCUUAGUAUUUCAUUUAGACCUCCUGUUCAUACUUCUGAUAGUAAUCCAUCAAACAACCACUUCCAAGACAGUUCCACCAAUUGUAUUCCAUCUAGUUCUUUUUUGCCGGUUUUGGGGUUAUGCGCUCCAAAUGCUAAUCAGCGGAAUUUAGCAACUCGGAGGAAUUCAACAACUCAACAUUUUAACUCUCCCUUUAGCCAACCAUCAUCUAAUCAUAUGCAGGAGUUUCCAAGUGCACCUUUUAUCAAUGGGGGAACUUCGACUGACACCAACGUUGUUGAUCAAGAACCUACAGAUUUGUCGAAAUUGUUAGAUACACCGAGUGAGGCGCUGCAUCGUCGCCUAAAGAAUAUCAUUCCAGACAGCUACUUUCCGUUUGGACCCCCACUGCUUCCAACCUCAGGAAAAUUUUUAUCAGAUCCUAGCGAAAGUUUGGAUACUUCUUUCUCCUCAUUUAGAGAAAAAUUGGGUCUUCCCAGUUUAGUUUCUGAUGAAGUGCCUCCUCUGAAGUUUUCAAUUCCAUCCAGAAGUUCAAGGAAACUGCAAACAGAAUUCUUACCAAACCUUUCACUCUGCUCAAAUAUGAAGCUUGGAAAUGAUUCUGGUAAAGACGUGUCAAUCGUACCUUUAGUGCCAAAUUAUGGAAAACAUCUCAAUGAGAAGCUUAAGCAAAAACAGGUGAUGCCCGAUUUAUCUCCAAUGCUGAACCUGGGUUUGAUGCAAACUGGACACUCGAUGCCAGAAAAUCACUUGCAGGUUCUGGACAACUCAAUGAUUAGAGCUCAAUUUGAUGCACACAAAUUUAUAAAGAAGGGAUUGAAGUUGGAUGCAUGGUCAGAAGAUGAACUAGAUGCCUUGUGGAUCGGCGUACGCAGACAUGGAAAAGGUAAUUGGGAUGCUAUGCUUCGAAAUCCCAAGUUGAAGAUUUUAAAGAACAGAUCUGUUGAGGAGUUGAUUUUUAAAUGGAAUGAGGAGCAGCACAAGAUAAUGGAUGGACCUUUACCACGAACCAAAAAUUCCAAAUCUGCAUCAUUUCUUGGUCUCUCUGAUGCAAUGAUGGCACGGGCAUUGCAUGGUAGCAAAUUUGUAGGUCUUGGGGCAGAACUGCCCAAAUUUCGUUCCCAUCUUACAGAUAUUCAGCUGGGUUUUGGGGAUAUGCCUAGCUUUCCUUUCCUUGAGCCAUCUAGUCAAUUGGGAGUGGCUAGUGAAAGCCUUCCUCCUCAUCCUAUCUGGCCAGGCAACAAGCUUGAAUCCAAUUGCAUUGAUAAUUUUUCUGUAGGAUCUAUGGAUAGAUUCGAGGAGCCAAAUCUACCUUCGGAGCUAUCCUUUAACCCAAAUUCUUUUUCAGGUGGUUCUGGAGCUAUAGCGAUGAAUUUAUCAAGCGGUUGCUGUCCACCUCAAACAGAUUAUAUCUCAGCUAGAAAUAAGCGAAUGAAGCUGCCAUCUUUAUUGGAAAAAUCAUUGAGUUUAUUGCGGGAAACCCAAAAUAUUCACUGUGAUGGAUCCAGUAGGGGAGUGCUGCCUGAUGGUAAAUGGAAACAAGUUACCUCAAAAACUGUGACUGAGGAUGGCAGUUUUCCUGGCCAGUCAAAAGAGAACAAGCUGCCCCAUUGGCUUCGAGAAGCUGUCAGUGCUCCAAGGCCCCCAGAGGCUGCUCUGCCUCCAUCUAUUUCAGCUUUAUUACAUUCAGUUCGUGUUAUUUAUGGCGAAGACAAACUCACAAUCCCACCAUUCUUAAUUCCUGAUCCUCUUCCUUCACUUCCUAAAGAUCCAAGAAAAAGAUUAAGAAAGAAAGGGAAGCUGAAUAGAUUACGGAAAGAAAUUCCUGAAAGUUCGAACCCUACAGUAAGUGCAGAUAUUUCUGCCUCAUGCUCUAUUCCUGCAAAAUCACCCUUUAUGGGAUAUUCUGUUCCUUCAGCAUCAUCACUGGCACCAUUUUCUUUUGUUCCCGCACCUUCAUUGACGGAAAAUGUCAUUUCGUCAGCACCAUCAUUGAUGUCAUCCUUCACUAAUUCAACACUGCCAUUGAUGCCAUCUUCACUUCCUCCAGUGACAUCGAGGAUGCCCUUCAAAUUUCCUUCUGCUCUGCCAAUGAUGUCAUCCUCCAUGCACCAAUCACCAACAUCGAUGCAAUCCCCUGCUUCAUUACCAACAGCAUUGCCAUCCUCCAUUCUUCCAGCAUCAGCGUUGAUGCCAUCUUCUAUUUCUCUGCCUCCAUUAAUGUUUUGCACGAGUUCUUCAGUAUCUCCACCGUUGCAAUGCUCUAUUCCUGCAGAACCACCACCUAUGCCAUGCACUUUUCCUCUAGCAUCACCAUUGACAGCAUCUUUACCUGGUCUCCCAAGAAAAGAAACAGGCUUCAUCCUUCCUUCUCUGAACUUGAAUUUGAAUUUACCAUCUUCUUCAACAUAUGCCUCUCAAGGAAUGCAAUCAAGGGCAACACCGACACGUUGUCCUGAAGCAUUUCAGUUGUCUGCUUCUUGCAUGGAACAUACCCCUUCAAUAUCAUCAAUAUCUGACAUGCCUAGCACAAGCUAUCACAAUAUUGAAUCUCCUGCAUCAAUGAAUCCUGCAUAUUCUCCUCAAAUUGGCGAGGAUUCGACUUGGGACUUGAAAUCCAUCCAUAUGAAACAGAAGGAAACUAUGAGCUCACAUUUAGUUUGCCAGGGAAAACUGAAUGUUGAGCAAGUUGAUCUUACAGAGAGCGGAGAAUCCAGCAGGACCAAGUUAGAGCCUCCUGUGGUUAACGGCAUAACAAAUGUACUGGAGAGUUCAUCAAAAACAAUUUUCGCAGAUGAUCAAAGUGAACAGGAAUUUUGAAAAUUUUUCCUUCAUUUUUCUAUGCCAAUAUUUCUUCCAUAAGUUUACCCCCCUAACUUUCAAGAGGAUAGAUAUGCAUUUUCAUUUUAGCCUGAUUAAUUUUUGUACUGAGAGCAAAUGAUUGGAGACAUCUCAUUGUAAAGUUUCAAAGUUAGAAAUAUAAUUUACAAAUUUGUAUGUUUGUUCCAUAUUCAUGAUCCCCAAUUCUGAGUUUUGGUGACGGGGACAAUUAUUUUGUACAUUUUUUUUUUCGUUGUAACACAAAUUAUUCUUCCCUUAAUAUAGUA